AUGAGUUGUGAGAAAGAAAUCGCACAAUACUUCUGUGGAUAUGCGAUGAUAAAUCUGACUCAUCUCAAAUUUGAUUCUCCACUUUUUGGUGUUCGUGUAUUCGAUCCCUAUAAUGUUAAAAGACUCGCAUCGAUAUUUAAACUUGAUGCCUGUGUGCGCACGGAGCCAGCAAACUUUAUUACCGCAGUUAUCGAUGAAAAUGUCUUUCUGGAAGCCAUACAUCAAUCUAAGAUCACUGUCGAGGAAAUGAGAAAUAAGAACCAACCUCCAUUUCUCGGCUUGAGAGAUGGCCAAAAAGUCCAAUGUCUGUACGGCAGACAUCGCAUUGAAGCUGCAAAAGAGUACCUAGUAUUUGGUGACCGGUGGUGGUCUGUUGCGCUCUAUAAUGAUAGUAUGUUCAAAUUUAUACUGGUUGGACACAGCCCUGGCGAUAUCAUAAGAAACUUGCGCUAUUGUGAGAUACAUAAUAUGGCCGAGGCAUCGUUUUGGCUGUCAAAAUUGCCAUAUAGAGCGCGCAUCGAUAUGAAGCACAUCAGGGAUAAUUAUCCCAGUAUUCUUCGAGUCCUAGACAAGCUGAUAUAUCUCCCCGGAUUAUGGGUAGAUGUCCCAUUUUCUCUUUUGCGUCGUAUAGUAGAGAUGAAAUGCCCGACAGAGACUUUGCGCUAUCUGGAUCAAAUCUAUACUAUAUGGUCAAGCUUCGCCAAGAUUCCAGAUCUAUACAUUGACACCGAAACAGUACGUCUGAUUCAAAACAGAUUGCCGCAACUAUCCGAGAUGGACAAGGCUUAUAUCAAUGCUCAGUUACAAGAAGAACGAAUUUUUCCAUCUAUAAAUGAUGCCGAUAGGCGAGAAUUACUGAAGCAAGCAAUCUAUCGGAUACCUGGAAGGAUUUUAACGCUUUGCUCUAUGGUUCAAGACAUGCUGAUCUGGAGCCCAUGUGCUACUGCACUUAGAAGACUAAUUCCAAAGCGGCCGAAAGACAUCCGCCAUGAAUAUCUAGCUCGAUUCAAUGGAUCUCAGAAUUGUCUUAUACAAUUUGCUGAAAAUGGCAUGCACAGUCUACAAUCUAAGAUCAAGGAAAAUCGGUAUAGUGAGAUAGCCUACGCUCAACUAUGGCUCUGCGCACUAAGACAUAUCGAAAAUUUGACUCAUACAACACUCCCACAACCUCGUCAUAAACGGAAUAUUGAGCCUGAAGAUAGUUUCCAAGAGACAAGGAUUGAAUCAACGCAACAGCUCGCUAGCCUCGCGACUAAAUUGGGGUUUGAAUCCAAUCAGAUCAGAUCUUAUUCUUCCAAACAGACGAUGUUGCCAUCUACUCAAGCUUUUAUCAACGGCCGACUGCCCGAGGAACGGUAUAAUAUCACCAAGGGUUUUACGCAGUCCACGUCCACUGAUAUUGUCAAACUUUUGCGAAAAGUGGAAGAGAAGGCUCCCUCGAUGACCGUACCCCCCCUUAUUGAGGAUGGCCAUCUCUGGGGAUUGAAAAGAUGCGGAUUACCUUAUAAGGAGUCAUUUUAUCAGAACCGCCAAUUCCUCUUUGUUCCAUAUAUUUACAGCCCUUUUACAACAGACAUAGCAGCUCCUAUAACAUUUUCCAUAUUAAAAGAUAUGGUUCGAACUUUCCUAGGUACAGAAGUAAUACCCGACACACUUUUCUCGUUCGAGAACCGUGCUCCAGUUGCGAGCCCAACUUCGUCCUUCUCACUUCCGGAAUAUCCAUCUCCUCCUCACGGCGACAAUGAAUCUGAUUCCAACUUUAUCGAGAGCAUGGAGACAGAUGAGAUAGCCCAGCGCUCAAAUCGCCCUGCAUUAGAAAGGCUACUCAAGCCACCAGAAUUUGCCGAUGGUUUUGAUAUCACUAAUUUUAUUGCACCAUUGUACCGGGAGGCGAUAGUCCGUCAUUCGUUGGGCUUUAUGGACAUGAAGAGAAAAUGGGAGUCAUCAGAGAAUACACAACUGGUGGUUUUCUAUCAAUUUCAAUUCCGAAAAUAUUACAAGGUGCGCUACAGCGAUGACGAAGCAAAAGAUGAGCUUAGAGACUGGAUUGCUCGCAAUUCAUCUCGGGACCAGUACCUUCUUCCAGUGGAUGGAAGAAAUCAUCUUAAUGUGGAACAAAUCCUAGAUACGUUAGGCAAGUUCAAACUAAUACUAGUCGGUGAGUUGGCACACCAGGCGGGUAUGAUGCCUGACUCGAGCACCCUCCAGUAUAUUUCUAAACUUGACCAAAGCCUGGGCAAGAGAAAAGAUAACUGGCCCGAGGAAGACAACACCAGAAAAGAUGAGAAUGAGAUGGGUAAAAGAAGACAAAAAACAGCAGACAGAGUGUCAAUAGACACUUUGGACUCCAUAACCUGA